AUGAAGUUCGCCGAACAUCUUCAGGCUCACAUAACACCAGAAUGGCGAAAACAAUAUAUCAACUACGAGGUACACACGCGUCCAAAAUAUUCCCAGACUGUGCGAACCGUAAACGGUUUUGGUAAAAAUUAUAACUCUUAUGGCGUCUGCCCUCUAGGACAUGAAAGAAAUGUUGUACAAAAUCAUCGAAGAAGCGCCAUCGGCCGAGUCGACGGAUCCCGAAAGUUUACAUCGGCUGUUUAUUCAGUUCGAUGAACACUUCUUACAGUACUGCGAAAAGGAAUUGUCCAAAAUCAAUGUGUUUUACAACGGUUUGUACAUCGUAAUAAAACUUGUCGUAUUUUAUUUAUACUACCUAUGGUUUAUAACUAUUACGUUUUCGUAUUUCAGAAAAACUCGCCGAAGCUAUGCGUAAGUUUUCCACAUUAAAGAGUGAACUGGAUUUGCUUUCUUCCACCGCUAUCAAAAUGAAAGAUUAUGGUAAAAAAUCCGAUCCCAACCGAUUGAACUUGCCACAGCGUAAAGUACAAGAGCUCAAAUUAGCAUUCAGCGAGUUUUAUUUGAGUUUAAUACUAUUGCAGAAUUAUCAAAAUUUAAACUACACUGGCUUUAAAAAGAUUCUAAAAAAACACGAUAAGGUUUGUAAAUGUAUAUGCAAUUAAUUUAAUUGCAGUGUCUUAUACAAUUUAUCUAAUUACUUAACAUGUAGGUUAUACCCGUGAAAUAAUAACACUAUCAUUUUAUUAUCUUUGAACAUAACACAUUCUUUUGUAUUUAAAUGAAAAAGAAAUAUUAAAAAUUAUAUUAAUGAAUUGAUAAGUUGUGGUGUCAUUUCCAAUAACUUAACUGUAGUUAUGUUUUAUUGUCUUUUAUUAACAUUAUCAUCGAGUUUUUUUUAAUUAAGUUAAUUUAGCUUGAAAUAAAAGUCAAUUAGUUAUGUUUGUUUAUUUUUAGACUGUAGUCUAUAUUAAUAGCAGCAUUGUUCAAAUGAGUUCUAUUGAAAUUCAAUAAUUUGUUAUUUUAAUGGCCAAUUUGUAUUUGUUCGAAAACGGAUAUGGUACCUAGUUAUUAGAUAUUUGUUAACAUUUUAUUGAGAAUUAUUAUUAAUUAUGCUAUCAGAAAUGUUCUGUGCCGACCACAAUUAUAUUAACAUUUAUUUUUGUUUAGGCAAUAUAACAGAUUUAAAUGCAUUAGAAUAUAUAAGUACAAAUAUUAAACCAUAAAUAAGUAUUAAAUUAGAUUUUUAUAAUCGAAUACAAAGUGUUAUUAUUGUUAUUAUUAUUAUUACUGCUAUUAUUUGAAAGUCAACAAUAUCAUUAUAUAAUCAAUAAAUCAAAACUUGCCAAAAUUGUUAAAUAAAAAAUUAGUGUGAAUCAUAUGACAUAAUUAUAUAAUUGCAUAGGUAAUUUGUUUCUUUAUCUUUUAACCUAAUUGACUAAGUAAUAAAAUUUCCUAUUAAACUACUAUAAUUGAUUCAGGUUUUGCUCAACUUAAUUUUUGACAGAUUAUUAUUAUUAACGAGUAUCCUGGGAUGAUUGAGUUAUAAUAAUUUUAAAUUGGUCAUUAAUUUAGUAUAAGCAGACAACAUAUUUUUAUUCGUUUUCAUAAAACAAAAAACAAAAAAUUGAAUAAUACAAAUUUGAAUGGAACUUUUGAUAAUCAGUAAGUAGGUUUAUUACUUAAAAAUUAUAUUUGUAUACACAUAUAUUUUUUUUUAAACUGUUAUUUUGUAAAAAUAAUUUAAAUUUAUGAAAUACUCAUAAUAAUCAUAUAAAAUUAUCGUGAUUUUUUACCAACACAAAAUAUAUUUCUCCAUAUUUUUGUGCCCAAUUCAUUUAUUUAUUUUUAAUUUAUAAAAUAAUAAAGAAUGGAAGAAUGUUAUAUGUUUGCUAGAACCAAAAAUAAGAUUUAAUACUUAAUGAUUUUUUUCAUUUCAAUUAUAGUAUUAUUUAAACAGUUUGAUUUACGAUUAAUAACUAUAUAGUUUCUACAGACUUUUCUUUUUUAAAUCUUGUAUGUUCAUUAUAAUAUAUUGUAAACAAAAUUAUUUAACCUUUUUUGAUGAAACUAAUAAUUAAUUUGUUAUUAUUUAAUUACUUAGUUUGAUUUUAAUUGUAUGACUGAACAUAACCACCAUAUAAUAAUAACCCUGCAGUUAACCUCUGUCACUUCUCUUGAGAGUUAACAUUUUUUACUUGAGAAGUGAAACAAAUUGUAAUAUUGUAGUAUUGUUUGAUGUUGGAUAGACCGUAUAUAUAUCUAAUUUGGCACUAAAUAUUUAUCAGAAUAUACUUAACAACCGGUUUUUAAUAUUGCUACUUAUCACAUUAACCUGAACAAUAUUAUUAUCGCCUUAUAACAUGUUUAUUUGAGUAUUGAUAAAACUGAAAAUAUAAUUCUAACACUCAAUUGUAAUGAAUACUUAACCUAAACCUUAAUCAAAAAAUAAGUCUAUUACUGUACUGCAAAACAUUUGUAUUGUGUAUUUGUACAAGGGAUCCUAUUAUGACCAAUGCGGUAUGCGGUAUUUUAUAGACGCAUACUAUGCGUGAAUGAGUUGAGUUUUAUUUUUGAAACUAUUACAAUAUUCUUAAUUAAUUUUACAAGUUUCUGUGAAGGCUAAUAGUGAAACAAUAGGUAUUCAUUGAUUUUGACGACUACUGGUAUUCUAAUUUGAUAAAAAAAUAUUUUAACGCAUUAUGCAUUGUUUGUUUAAAUGUUAAUUGCAACAAUUAUUGAAAUCAACAAUUUCUUUGAACAAAUAUAAGAAUUUCAUUUUUCAUAGAUUAUUUUCCUUUAAAAUUGCCUUUAUUCUUCGACAAUAUAUUUAUUCUGUGGCAUAGAUCUUUAUUUAAAUACUCAAAUAAUUAAGAUGUAUUGUUGAAUAAAAAAACCUUAAAUAUGACACUAUAAUAUAACUUCAAUAUAACUUUCGUUAAAUAUUUCUGAUAUUUAUUAUAUUAUAAUUAUAUGUAAUAUUUAAAAUUAAAACUAAAAAACCAUCAAUAUUGUUUAAUCAAACAUUAAUACAUUAAAACUAUAAUCUAGUGUUGGGACACAUGUUUGGAUUUUUUAAAUAUUCGGAUAACCUUAUUGUUAUAUCCAGGUAAUUUAUUUCUGCCAAAUCCGAAUAUUUUUGAUUAUCCGUAAUAUUCGAAUACUUAUUUUAUUCGGAUUUGUAUACUUUCAAAGUUUUUCAAGUACUUAUGUACUUUUAUUUUAAUAAACUUAUUUAUAACCCAAAUAUUCUUGAUUAAAUUUUAUGAAUAUUCGAUUAAUAUAAAUAUCUGAAUAUUAGAUACUUAUGUAUAUUACGUCUGAUAUCUGAAUAAAUCCGAAUAGGAUAACAAAGUAUUCAUUUCACAAUUUUUUCCGUUAGUAAUUGUAUUUCAAAUACAAAUGUAAUAUAUUUCUGUUUUAGCUGCUGAACAAAGAAAGUGGUGCAAAGUGGCGUCAAGAACAUGUAGAAGUUUCUCAUUUUUAUAUCAAUAAAGACAUAUUGCGGUUAAUAAAUGAGACAGAACAUACAGUUACUCAUAAUUUAGAAUAUGGUGAUCGCCAAAAAGCCAUGAAAAGGCUACGAGUUCCACCUUUAGGUGAAACACAAAGUCCAUGGACCACUUUCAAAGUAGGAUUGUACUUAGGAUGCCUUAUUGUUUUGCUUGUUGCAAUUUUUAUUUCUGGUAAUUUUCCCUUUUAAAAUUAUGGUUGUGUAUAUAAAUUAUUUUUUAAAACUGUUUAUUUUAUUAUUUUAGCUACUUUUGAAAAAAAUACUAACAUAAGACAAGCAUUCCGUUUAUAUCGUGGACCAUUCCUAAUAAUUGAGUUCCUUUUUCUAAUUGGCAUUAAUGUUUAUGGAUGGCGAUCUUCUGGUGUUAAUCAUGUGUUAAUAUUUGAGCUUGAUCCUAGAAAACAUGUUACUGAACAGCAUAUGUUUGAAAUUGCUGGGAUUUUAGGGGUUGUCUGUGCUCUUAGUAUUCUAGGUUAUUUAUACUCUGAUGCACUGAGUAUACCAGCGUAUAUAAAUCCAUUGUCUCUUAUAAUUUUGUUUUCGUUACUUAUGAUCAAUCCUUUCAAAAUAUUUUACUUUGAAGCAAGAUUUUGGUUGUUACGCAUAAUGGUAAAUUAUUUUAUUUUUUAUCUAACAUAGAAAGAAUUUUAUUAUUAUUUCAAUUGAUUGCAAUAAUUUCAAAUUAUAUAGUACCUAAAACAAAUGUCACUGACUUUAUUUUAGUGGCGUAUGGCAUGUGCUCCAUUUUACUAUGUUGGUUUUGCUGACUUUUGGCUUGCAGAUCAAUUGAAUAGUUUAGUUACAGUUUUACUGGAUGCUCACUAUUUAGUUUGUUUUUACAUUUAUAAUAAUAAUUGGUAUCAUACUUCAGGUAAAUUAAUAUUGUUUAGUCCAUUGUUUAGUCGUAUAAUAUGUUAAUUAAGUACUACGAUCAUUUCAGAUGUUAAAUUUAAUAUUGAAGAAUAUUUUGUUUCGAAAAUGAUAGUCAACUGUUUUCCUGCUUGGAUUCGUUUUGGUCAAUGUAUUAGACGUUACAGGGAUACUGGAGAAUCAUUUCCGCAUUUAGCUAAUGCUGGAAAAUAUUCAACAACCUUUUUUGUUGUAUUUGCUAAAGCAUUACUGAAAAGAACAAAAGGUAAUCUAUAUUUAUUUUAAAGUUUUAUCAUAGAUAUUUUAUUUUUUAUAUAACUCAAGUUUUUUGUUUCUAUUCAGAUCAAUAUGUAGAUAAUUAUGACAAUCCAUUUUUUUACUUUUGGAUUACUUGUUGUGUGAUAAGUUCAAUUUAUACUUAUACAUGGGAUGUAAAAAUGGACUGGGGUUUAUUUAAUAAAAAUUCCGGAGACUAUACAUUCUUACGAGAAGAAAUUGUAUACGAUAAUACAGUGAGUUUUUAUUUAUAAUUUAAUAUUUUGUAGAUGAUUUGUAAUAUUUAAAUUUAGUUAUGAGAAUAGUUUUAAUUUAUCGAAUAGAAAUAUUAAUAUUAAUCAUUUAUUGUAGCAUAACUAGUUUAUUAUCAAGUGUUAUUUUAGAAAUAAUACAACUAAACAAUUGUGUAAUAAUGCAAUAUUAAUGUGAAUAAAUAAAAAUAAUAAUAAUAUAAUAAAUUUAAAAAAAUUUUGAAGGAUUUUGAACACAAAUUUGAAUUUAUUGAAUAUUACAUACAAUAAACAUAUUUUUGCUUCAAAUUUGGCUUUUUGACUCUCAUAUUAACAUCUUUAAUUUCAUAUCGUAUAAAUAUUUUACAACUAAUAAUUACAGACGUGUUUUUUUUAUGAAAUUAUUUAUGUCUUGUGAGUAUCUAAAAUGAAAAACAAUUGUGGUUCAUUAAUACUUAAUUUUAAUUUGUAUAAAAAAAACUAAUAUUUACUAAAUUAUUAAAAAUAAUUUUGAUGCACAAAAUUGUAUUUUAUUAUAGAAAACUAUGUAUCUUACACAUAAAUUUAAAUUAAUCAACUGCAAAUUAGUUAAAUGAAUCAAACUACACAAUUGUUCAGCCCAAAUGAAAGAAGGAACAAAUGUACAUACAUGUUUUAUCUUUUUAGGGUUAUUAUUAUUUUGCAAUUGUUGAAGAUUUAGUGAUAAGAUUCUUAUGGUUUCCACAGCAUUUACUUGUAAGUAAUGGUAUUUUAGGGAAUGAAAUGGCCGUUUCUUUAAUAUCGCCACUUGAAGUAUUUAGGUAAGUCCUUAACACUUGCAUAAUAUUAUAUAAAUUCAGUUAUAACUAAUCGAUUUAUUUUUCUUUUUAUUCAUUCUUAUUUACAGAAGAUUUGUUUGGAACUUUUUCCGAUUAGAAAAUGAACAUCUUAACAAUUGUGGUAAGUUCCGAGCAGUACGUGAUAUAUCAAUAGCACCGAUCGAUUUCUCCGAUUCCGCUCAAAUUGUGCGUAUGAUGGAUGAAGAAUUAGGUGUGAGCAACAGACGGAAGCGUAAAAUUACACAAACAAAAAAGCUCACCAAAGAUGAUAAAUUACAGUUAGUUAGUGAACAACAACAAGAACAAUCAUAUUCUUUGGAUUUAACCGAAUAA